AUAGUCUACGAGUCGCACGAUUAACUCAGUUCAUCGCAACAUCACUCCCUGAACGACAACGUCAAAUCAACCUAAACAAGAAUGAAUUUCAUCGCAAGUUUAAUAUUUUUGGGAUUAGCUGCCUCGUGUUUGGCUGCCUAUACAGAAAAGCAACAAGCACUGCUAGCUGAUGUUGUUGGAAAAUGUGCUUUAGAACUGGGCGUUACGUUGAACAGUGACCUUAUAGAACGAUCCAAAUCCAGUGGAAACCCAUUCCCGGAUAAUGAGAAAUCGAAGAGUUUUGUCGCUUGUUUCCUAACCAAAACAGGCGCGCUGACUGCUGACGGUAAGAUUCAGAAACAGAAGUUCAUCGAUUUCCUGUCCGAGGGCCAUGACGCUAAUGCCGUUGCAGAGGUCGUUGAGAAAUGUGCCGGGGUCGAGGGAGAUACUGUUGAGGAUAAGGGUUACAAUUUUCACAAGUGCUUCUGGGCUGAGAAAAAGUUUGAGCUGUAACGUUUAAAGUUGAAACGCUGUAAGAUUUAAAGAAUUUGAAUUUGUAUUCAACUCAAUAAUAGUAAAACAACCGAUAUAUACGAUGUUCAGAAAAGUUAAAAUU